AUGGAAUCUAGAAUUUCUUCUACCGAGUGGCCAUCUGUCGUUGUGCCAAGGGCAGUGCAGAGACUUCUAGACCAUUUUUUCUCCUUGAUGGAUACCAUGACUGAUGAGGCUGGGUCAAAGCUCACAACAGACAUCUUCACCAGUGAUGCUACAUUUAUUUCUUCCAGCGGGACUUUUAAGGGAUCUCUAGAGAUAAAGCAAUCCCGAGCGAAAGCGUGGGAACAUGUCACCUCUCGGUAUCACGAAAUUGUCAAAGUAUACUCUGCCACAGAGGAUGGUUCAGAUCUGUUGAUGAUUGGAAAUGCUGUAUUAGUACUUAAAAAUGGCAAGAAGGUCCAGGGAGACUUCCUUGGGAGGGCUCGGAUUGAGAGAAUCAACACACCGGACCCGAGGAUGAGCUUUUUUCAAGCCUGGGGAGAUACCGGCCCAAUGAUUAAGGCUAUGCAAGAGUCGUAA